CUCAGGCCUCAAGUCUGUAGCAGAAUCAUCACUCGUCUAUCAUUCCAACGAAUGCUCAUUGCAAAGCGCAGCCCCGUCCAUAUUCCUUCUAUGUAGCAUUUCCCCCCGAGCUCUGCAGGUAGGCGUCUUGAGCCCUUCAAGUGUUUUCCCCCGUCAUCGCUCGCUGCCACGAUGGUGGUGGUUUCACGAAUCGCCGCUGUCAACGAAGUCAGCAUGGCCCUCACAGAGAAAACACGCCUUCCAUCUAUCCUUCCCUCUCUGCAUGUGCCAUGUGUGCAGGGGAUUCAUCACCUUCACCGGUUCGAUCGGCCAAUUGGGCCUUCCCGAACGGCAUCCCAGAAGGGCGGGACGUCGCCACUGAGUCCGUCCAAGACCAUCUUGAAGCGGAGCGCCACUAAGGACACCGAACAGAGUGUCGGCAGUCAGCACAUCACCGAUGACGUCCUGGAAAAGUACAAAAAGCUGGACGUGCUCGAGGUGGAGGAACUCAACUCUGACAAGGACACGCCAUUCGUCGACAAGGCUUUCUUCAACCUGGGGAUCGGCGUGGUCAUCAUGCUCAAUGUAAGGACGGCUGCUUCCAUUUCUCUCUCUGCCUGUGUACACGUGACUGUGAUUGUAGGCUGCGUAUAUUGGGAUAGAGGUGGACCUCGGGAAGCCCUCGUCGACGCCCAUCAAGGACCGCAUCGGCUGGUACUUGGUCGAGAAUGUCUUCACAAUCACAUUCACAGGUAUGCAUACGUCAAGGACAGAGUGACCUGUCUUCCUUUCUCCUCUCUUUUCGUCCAGCCGAGAUGAUUUUGCGCCUGUACUACACUCGUUUUCGCUACUUUACCGACAUGUGGAACUUGCUCGACUGUGCUCUCGUGUUUCUGGGCUUGGUGGACACCUACGUGCUGACAUUUAUCGGACAAGGAGGCAAGCUCAGGGCCCUCUCAAUUUUGCGAAUCGCGAGGAUGCUCCGUCUCGUGAGGCUUGUUCGGCUGCUGAGGAUGUUCAGAGAGCUAUGUAGGCGGACAAAGUGAGAGAACGAGGAACAGAAACGGCGUGAUGGUCCUGUGUGUGCGCAUAUGUGCUCAGGGCUGAUUGUGUUUGGCCUGAUCCAGUCCCUGAAGACGCUGGGGUGGGUCGCGUUGCUGCUGCUGCUGAUUCUGUAUGUCAUGGCAAUUUUCAUCACGAUAAUGGUGGGCAGAGGAACAUCGGAGAGGGAUUGCAAUCCAUCUCUUUGGCAUUCGAUUUGCCGUUGUGGUCUGUUAAGGUAGGAAAGGAGCCCCAGUUUUUGUACGACGACAAGGAGGAGUUUGACCGAGAUGAACUUUUCGGAACGGGUCAGUGCUGGGGGACUCCAUUGCACUGCACUUGUAUCCGAUUCUCCCGCCUCUGUUCUCCUGAAUACGCAUUCAGUCCCUCGGUCGAUGUACACGCUCUUCCAAGGUCAGUAAAAAUGACGCGCGUAUCCACAUGUCUGUGCCCACUAUUUGUUGCUUCUUGUUCGCUGUUUCUCCCCUUUGUGCAGUUAUCACCCUGGAGAGCUGGAGCCAGGACAUUGCGGUGAGCAUCCAUCCAUUUCCUUUCCGUUACACUGUGGAUUCGCAUGUGUAUAUGUCUCAGCGUCCGAUCAUCAAGCGGCAGCCUGCCAUGGUCAUCUUCUUCAUCCUCUUCCUCGUCGUCACCACUUUUGGAUUGCUGGUCAGCACCCUCUGGGGUGUGUGGCUCUCUCUCAUGCCUCGGUGUGGUGCAGAAUAUAGUGGUCGGUGUGAUCGUCGAGAACACACUCGGUGAGAUAGAUAGAUGCCUACUGCGUACGUCCGAAUGAAUAGCAGGCCUGUCUGUCCUGCUUCCUUCCCUGUAUACAUACUUGCUGUGCAGCCACUGCCCGCAACAAUGAGGACAAGGAAAAGAAACAAAUGGAGCUGGAAAGAAUGCGCGUGCUCAAGCAUCUGAGAGAUGUCGGCACCGCGCACUACACUACACGGACCACUCCAGACGCGCAUACACAAACACAUUGAUUGACAUGAAACCCCUCUGUGCAGAUAUUUGUCCUGUCUGAUGCGGACCAAAGCGGAACAAUCACUCUCGAAGAGUUCAGGUGCGGAGCAUCGACUCAUGCGAGGCUGCAAGGGAGACACAGCCAACAUAUUUGUGUGCGUGUCUCAGGGGCGCCUUUGACAAUCCCGAGGUCUAUGAGCUGCUUAGACAGAUCGAGCUGCCAAUACACGAGGCAGAGGUACCUACACACACAUCUCACAUUCUGUCGCUUCCCGCAGUACAGGCGUCCAAGCGUCUGCAUUUCCUUUCAUUCAGGAGUUGUUUAUGAUCCUCGACGGCGACAAUUCGGGUGAGCUGUCGGUGGAUGAGUUCAUCGGGGGCUGUGUGCAGCUCAAGGGCAACCAGAAGCCCAAGGACAUGCUCGCACUACAAAUGACUCUACAAGUGAACAGCCGUGUCAUUUUCACUGACAACGUCUGUCUCUGCAUUUGUGUGAUGCCAUUCAUUUGCAGGCUCUUCAAAAGCGCGUCGAAACAGUGGAGGAGCGCAUGCAGAAGAGCAUGCAAAGAUUACAGACACUCACCGCGAGAAUGAAGGUCGCUACACGAGAUAUACACACAUCAAUGCACACUGAUGAUGACUGACUGAUUGCCUGCCUCGUCUCUGCCUGCCAUGUGCAGGAAAUCAGCGCGCUCGCACUGAAUCGGAAGUUCCCUUUCAGCGGCGGCGGCGGCGGUCAGGGGGGCGGCACAAGCACCAGGCGCACCACACACGCCUCUGCUGCUGGGGGAGAUGUGGGCGGCACUGGGCAGGAGGGACAGCAUGGAGGGGGCAUGUUCGAAGACGACAGGCCGUACGCCAGGGACAGUCCGCCUCCCAUCCCCCCAUUCCCCGCCUUCCUACCAGAGAGCCCCGUGGCAAAUGAGUAGAUUUGUGCACAAAUCAGUAGAUUUGUGCAUGUCAUUCGUGUGUCCCUGAUUUUGUCUCGGCUGCAUGGUUCCUUCACCGUGCAGGGACAACCGUGUAGCUGUCCCUACCCCACUCUCAACGUGACAUUGUAGCGUCGUGAAAAGCGU